AUGGAUUCCCUCCCGCAUAGCUCGGAAGGAUUCAGCAUUCCGACCCAUUCAAGCGCUUCCACCACUCUCCGCUGUUGCUGUGGUCGUAAUGAUUGUGCUUUAUUGGAGCACAAUAAUGUAGCCCUUGAAGGGUUGGAAAAGGACCUCGAAACCGCUGCAAGGCUUGGUCAGGUACACUGGACACUUUGGUGUGCCAGUCUACGUGGUUUCAUAUCCCUAUGGCUGCCUCCGUACUCCGGUCACCCAUUCUCUCACAUUGCGUUGGCGUCCGUCAUGUCCACCUUUCAUGAAUUUACUGCCAAGGCAGAAAAUAUUGGAACGUCAUCGCUGACCUUUUCUUUACAGGCUCUGCUUCACCGUCAUGAAAGUUAUAUGGCUGAGGCGGAAGAAGACCGUCACCGCUUGGUCACCAGCAUUGACGAUCUAGAGCGCGAGAAGAAACAGGUACAGGCGGAAAACGCGCGCAUAAUUGAAGAAAACCGCAGCCUACUAGAGCAGCUCGACGUGUUGAACAGAGCUGUCGCCGAAUCUGACGAUCAUGUGAAAUACCUCACCGUGACUCUAGAAAGCACCGAGUCCGAGGUGCGAAGGUUGACAGUCGCAGCAACUCGUGCAGAAGAUCUUGAAUCCCAACUCAUUCUGAUGGAGACUGAGCAAUCAAAACUUCAAGAUAACCUCACCUCGGCGCACGAAGACGAGAAAUCUGCCGUCCAGCGGUGGAAGCAAGCCGAGUGCAGCUUGCGAGACCUCCAUGACCAAGUCGAUCGCAUCGAGAAAGAAGCACGCGAAGAGAGUCAACGCCACACCGAGCUGGUGGAGCGCAUGGAGCGCAAGAGGGCCGUCGAGCGCGAGCUAGAUAACGCCGCAGGCCGUCUCAAAGGCGCCGCCGCCGCCUCCGAACUUAAUCGCAACGCCGUUGGGACUAACGUGGUCUCCCGCUUUGUGAAGGACAUACUACAGGACAAUGCCAACCUGCAAGUUGGGAUAAUGGAGUUGCGCGACUUGCUGGAAAACUCGAACGAAGAAGUACAGAACCUACGCGAACAAGUUAUGUCUCAUCAGCCGCUGGCCGGCAUUGAUGAAGAGAAUCCACAACCAACAACCUCAACAACUCUGUGCGAGGAAUUGAGAGCGAAGGAAGAACGUCGUGUAUCUCAAGAACUCCAUAUUCAUCACCAUUAUCAUUCGUCUCUUCAGCCCGCCAAGAAAGAAAAAGGCCCGCUCAACCGCCGGGUCAAGAAACGCCGCCCUGCUUUAGGCAGCCCAGUCGCAAUGCAUUCUGCAGUGCGCUCGCAAUCCCCUCGGAGAGGCAUGCAUCGCUCGCAAUCGUCCGGAUCAUCUAUGUCCACUAUCCUCUCCCACACAUCCGUUUCCAUCCCACCACAAUCAUCCCGCCGCUGGUCAUUGCAGUCAUAUGCGCCCGACUCACUAGCCAGCUCUCCACAAUCUGCUUUCCAAACCGCCUCGAUCUUUGACCGCGUUGAACGAGGUCUUGAAUUCUCUCAGCCCACCAGCCCUGAAAGCACAGUGCUUUCCUCGCCCAUCAUGGGGGCACGGAACUGGAAGAGUAUCGACAUGCCUUUUCGACCCAUGGGUGGGUUUGACAGCGAUGACCAAUCCCAUUCCUUGCCCACAUACGAAGAAGACAUCUACAAUCGAGAAUUCCCCAACACAUGCGACCAUUCGAGACAGCCCCCCAUUCCAGAGGAAUCCGAAUCCUCACCUUCCGUCGCAUACUUUGACAUUUCCACGCGGGAUCCACUCCCAGCAUCUGACGAUGGAAUCUUUGCAAUGCAUGUUCAGCCCUCGGCAAUGCGCAGAUCCUCUUCCCACGACAGCUUACUAUCCGUAUCCGUUGCCGGCAUGGACAUCCACACACCCAAUAACCGCCAAGCGCGGAUGGGCAAUUGGCAUCCCGGCAUGAAGAUCCCCCAGCGCAUCCUUCCUCCCAGCGUUGAAUUAGUCUCAACACCCCCUAUAAUAUCCGCCCCCGCCAUCCAAACUGACCGAGCGACAAGCUCGGCACAUACAUCCCAAUCAUUGCUAGCUUCUAUGGCUGCAAACACCAAGUCUGAUGCUGCAUCAAUUGUCUCCUCGGAUAGCACCAGCACAACCUCAACAGCCGCAACCGGGCCCCGCAAGGCCACGAACUUAGGACGCCGUGUCGGGGGCUGGGUUCUAGGCCGAUGGGGCACGACACCUGUAUCCGAUGAGACGCCUGAAUCUAGGGAGCCGGCAGACUCGCCCAAUACAUCCGUUGCAUCCUCUCCCUCUGUCGGCCCCUCUGCCGCCCCCUCUGCCCCUGUGCCCAAAAUGGACCCUUUGGCUCUCCGGUUCAGAUACCCUGGCGUGAACCAAAAGGGGCCUAUCAAGGGUUUACGCCCUCCUCCUCCAGCGCCGGUUUCCCUUCAUCCCGACGGUAUAGAUGAGAACUUGUUGCGAGAAAGUUUGGCCGAAUAA